AUGAUGCACGCCGCCGUCUCGACGACGACGACGACGACGACGACGACGACGACGACGCACGCGGCGCCCGCGAUCGGUCGCCGCGUCGCGCGUCCCCGCGCCGCCGCCGCCGCCGCGUCGUCGUCGUCGUCGCCUCGAGGGCGACGGCAAUGUCACCCGAGGGUUUCGGCGCGGCAUCGCCGACCGAGUCAUCAUCCCUUCUCCUCCUCCGCGCCGGUUCACGUCCACCACCGCCACCACCACCACCGCGGCGCGUCGACGCGCGUCCCCAACGCGGUGUCCCCGCCGGGCACCGAGGAAGAGAUCGACGACGCGUUCACGCCGCAGCAGCUCGGCUUCAAGGACAUCGUCUCGCUGUGGGUCACGCAAAUCUUACAGGCGCGUUCUAUGUCACACUGGUCCCCAUACGACCGCGUCCGCGUGGUGAACGCCGAUCCUUAA